AUGCCGCUCCUCAAAAGCGCCAUCACCGCCCUGCUCUGGCUCGGCGCGGACGGCCUCAUCGCGAUAGGACACACGCAGUCGUAUGGCACGCGCCCUGCCGGUGGCUCGCGGCGCUGCUGCGCCAUCGCUGCGAGCGGCUUUGUCACGCCCAUCGGCCCGUUCUGCCCGUUCCGUUCAACCACCUGCGCGGAGAAUGGGCCGCUCGGCGUGGCGAUGGGCGAGCUCACAGGCAGCAAGAUGCCGCGCUUUGCCGAGGAGAUGUCUCGGCUACAGCUCGAGAUGAGCAUGGGCGGCUCGCCCGACCCGCAAAAGGUGGGGCAGAUGGCGGAGGACCUGUACGAGGCGGAGCAGCAGUGGCAGCGGAUGCUGGCGCGCAUGCGGCUCGCCGACGACUUCCAGAGCCGCGAGUACUUCAAGGUGACGGCGGCGUGGUCCGAGCGGCAAGGCGAGUCGCUGGAGUCGGUGGGCGCGAUGAUGCGGUGGCAGGCGACGGCCGUCACGCUAUUCGCAGCCGCCGCACCCGCGCGGUGCUCCAAUUAA